AUGGUCGCCACCAUUGUGCAGGUGAGGGCGCAGCCGAUGGAGGAGGAGUUCCCGGUGACGCACCCGAGCCAGCUGGCCGGGAACCCCACGCUGGGCCUGCCGCUGCAGCUCGGCCACUGUGACUCCUGCGGCGCCACCGACCUCGCCAAGUGCCAAGGUCAUUUCGGGUUCAUCAAACUGCCCGUAUCCGUCUACCACCCGAGCCAUAUCUCCGAGCUGACGAAGAUACUCAACAUGAUCUGCUUCAGCUGCCUCCAGUUCAAGAACUCCAAGAAACAGAAAAAUGUGGAAAAGGAGAGCAACUUCACCUCAUGUUCAUAUUGUCAGGAUCUCCCUCCAAUACAUGUUGCAAAAGUCAAGAAAUCCAAUGGAGCCCUUACCUUGGAGCUGAGAGUGCCAUCCAGGAAAGAACUGGAAGAGGGAUUUUGGAGCUUCCUCGAUCAAUUUGGCUUUCACACGAAGGGCAGCUCUCACUACCGUCGUUUAUUCGCCGAAGAGGUUCAGAAAAUAAUGGAGAAGAUCUCUGAAAAAACAAGAAGCCAGAUUGCUGCUAAAGGAUAUAUUCUUCAGGAUGGAUUUGUGAUGAGCAAUCUCCCUGUUCCACCAAACUGCCUCCGCGCUUACAAUGUUUUAGAUGAAACACUCAUGUGCUCUCCGGAUGCCUCCACAAACUUGCUGAGGAAAAUCGUACUCAACGUACAUGGAAUCAACAGCUCAAGGGUUGGCCCCCCAACCUUCCAAGAACAUGAGGUGGAAGCAGAUGAUCUUCAGGUUGCCAUUGCUGACUACAUCAAGCAUGCAGGAACAGCAAGGGGUCCUCAAGAUAUCACCUUUAAAAGUCUGCCUGCAACAAAACAAUGGCAGCAAAAGAUGAAGUCGCUAUGUAUCAGCAAGAGCUCAAGCUUCUCAUGCCGUGGUGUGAUCACAGGUGACCCAUACAUUCCUAUGAAUGUGGUAGGAGUGCCUGAUGAAGUAGCAAGGCGAAUGUCGGUACAAGAGCGUGUGACAGACUACAACAUUGCUCAGCUGCAAGGCAUGAUGGGUAGAGAUCUUUGCCUGACACAUGAAGAUGCUAAUUCUAUCACGCACUCCUUGGAUGUGGGGAAAGCAAAUAAGAAACGGACCAUACUAAAGGUUGGUGAGCCGGUCAACCGGAGAAUUCUGGAUGGAGAUGCGGUAUUUGUCAACAGGCCACCAAGCACCGACAAGCACUCGGUCCAAGCAAUGUAUGUCCGUGUACAUACUGAUCACACCAUCAAGAUCAACCCACUCAUAUGUGGACCACUUGGGGCAGAUUUCGAUGGCGACUGUGCCCACAUUUUCUUCCCAAGGUCACUGUCAGCAAGGACUGAAGCUAUAGAGCUCUUCACAGUGGAGAAGCAGCUGGUCAGCUCUCACAAUGCAAAGCUGAAUUUUCAGCUCAAGAAUGAUUGCUUGCUAGCUUUAAAGAAAAUGUCUGCUAGAAAGUACUAUAGAAGGGAGGCCAAUGAACUUUUAAAUGCAAUGUUCACGGCAGGGUUGAUUCCCAAGAAGCGAUUAUCAGGUGGACCAGAGUGGAGUUUCGCUCAGAUUCUAGAGACGGUACUACCACAGGAAAACAAAUUAUUAAUCAGAGACUUGGUUGCUGGCACUAUUACCAUCUCAUCAGUUCUGUCCACGAAGAAUCCAAGGGAGGCCAUAGAAUUUCUGAAUCUUCUGCAGCCCCUACUAAUGGAAUCAUUAUUUACUGAUGGUUUCAGCAUAAGCCUGAGAGACUUCAACGUCCAGAAUCCAAUACCACAGACAAUUCAGAAUCAGACACUUGAUCUUGACAAGUUACCGAAACCAAUUGUGGACUUCAUUACUUCUUCUGACAUUCGCUUCUUGGUUGACCAAAAGAGAGAUUCAGCCAUGACCAAAGUAGUGGAGCAGAUUGGUUUCUUGGGACAUCAGCUGCAGCGCAACGGAAGAUUGUAUUCUGGCAGCUUGGUAGAGGAUUGCCUAUCCAAGUCGCUGAGCAAGUGUGGCAGCGGCACCAAUGGUUGCCAUCCUUUGGAGGCACAUGGUUUUGUCAGGAACUCACUUUGCAAUGGACUGAACCCAUAUGAGGACCUACUCCAUUCAAUAUCUGCAAGGGAGAAGACAAUACGCGCAUCUAAAGGACUUGUGGAGCCAGGCGUUCUCUUCAAGAACAUGAUGGCAAUGCUCCGAGAUGUUGUAGCAUGCUAUGAUGGAACCAUAAGAAACUUGUGUGGAAAUUCAGUUGUCAAGUUUGACUCAACAAACUCAUCGAGUUCUGUGACACCAGGAGAUCCCGUUGGUAUCUUGGCAGCCACUGCGGUUACAAAUGCUGCAUACAAGGCAGUGUUAGACCCAAAUCAGAACAACAUGGCCUCAUGGGACUCAAUGAAGGAAGUACUACUCACAAGAGCUAGCUCUCGAAAUGAAAAUGACCAAAAAAUAAUUCUGUAUCUGAGCAAAUGCUCCUGUGGGGAUAAUUUUUGCAUGGAGAGAGCAUCACUCGCAGUUCAAGCCUGCUUAAAGAGGACCGAAGUAGAAGACUGUGCUACUGAGAUCUCAAUCCAUUAUCAACAACAAAAUAUUCAACCAACACAUGGUCUUGUUGGCCACAUUCACCUUGACAAGAAGCAACUGGAUGAAAUGAACAUAAGUAUGGAAGGUAUUCUUCAGAAAUGCCAGAAAGAAAUAUAUAGAUGCAGAAAGAAUAAGGGGCAGGUGAAUCAACUUAUGAAGAGAGUUGUGAUCUCAAGUGAAUGUAUGUGCUACCAGGAUGCAGAUGACGAGGAACAGGUCUCUUGUUUGCAGUUUUUCCUAACUGAAAGUGUCACCACACGAAUGGAUGAAUCUUCUGCGCGAGUUGUCCAGUUGAUGGCCAAUACCAUUUCUCCUAUACUCUUGGACACAAUCAUAAAAGGAGAUCCACGAGUUCAGGAGGUGAACAUAAUAUGGGUUGAACCACAAGACACGUGUUGGGUCCAGAACUCCGGUAUAGAACAGAAGGGCGAACUGGCGCUGGUAAUCACAAUGGAUAAAAACUCAACUGGGGAGAGUGGUGAUGUCUGGGGAACAGCAAUGGAUGCUUGCACCCCUGUGAUGGAUCUGAUCGACACUACCAGGUCUGUGCCCUACAGCAUCCAACGAGUUCAGGAAGGGUUUGGAAUUUCCUCAGCCUUCGGUCGAGUCACACAGCACCUUUCCAAGGCAGUUGGAAUGGUUACAAAAUCAGUUCUCGAAGAACACCUGACAACUGUUGCAAGCAGCAUGACCUGCACAGGUAACUUGCAUGGCUUCAACAGCUAUGGUUACAAGGCCACAUUCAAGUCCCUCAAGAUUCAGGCACCCUUCAUGAAGGCUACACUCGCUGUAAGUCCUCCAUUCAAUUUUGUUUUCAACUCCCCAUUGGUACAACAAACAUUUCACCUGCCUAUGUUCUCUCAUGUGUGCAGCAUGCAAUUAUUUUCUCCCUUCUCCUCUGAACCUCUUUGUCUUUUACAGUCAGCAGGCAAUGAGAACCUUGGAGGGUAUGGUUUGUAUGAAUACCUCACAGAGGUAGAAACAACAAGAGCCGCUGAAGAUAAUAUGAUUGUUCCAUACGGUUCCUGCUUGUAUGAUGUUGACAACCUUGAAGAAGAUGGAAUCGAAGAGGAUGAAGUCUUAUGUUUGGGAGGAAACAGUCCAAUCACUUGGACAGACAGGCCAAAAGCAAAUCUCCUGCUGCAUGAUCUUCAAGGUUGGAGGGCUGAACAAGGGCACCAAAAAGUGCCAGUUGCAAAUGGGCAACAUGGUAAACAUGUCGCCACAGAGUCAAGUGGCACUAGUGGAUGGAACCAGAGAAGUUCUACCACGAAAGUUUAUCAGAGAAGGCAACGUAAUAGUAAUUGGAGCUCAGAUGCAACACAGCAAGAUGGUAACCCGAGUUGGAACAAAGCAUAUGUGGCAGGCCCAAGCAACUUUGCCAUUACAGGGCCAUCAAGUGGUGCUAGUGGAUGGAACCAGAGCAGUUCUACCACGAAAGUUUAUAAGAGAAGGCAAUUUGAUAGUAAUUGGAGCUCAGAUGCAACACAACAAGAUGGUAACCCAAGUUGGAAGAAAGCAAAUGUGGCAGGCCAGGGCAACUUUGCCAUUACAGGGCCAUCUAGCUCUGGCGGAUGGAGUAGAAAGACCAAUAAUCUUGCUAGAGGUCGAGGUGGUGGUAGAGGUGCAAUCUGGAAAUCAGAGGGAUCACACCGUGGAGGUAACAGUAGGUGGAAAGCCCAAAGAGCCAAUACCACAAGCGCCCCGAACUUCCAAAAUUCAGGACCAUCCAACUUUGGUGGACAGAACAUCAAGACCGGCAAUCUUGGCCCAUGCCGUGGCAGAGGACCAGCAUGGAGAUCAAACGGACCAAACCGGGGAGGUGGCAAUAGUGGACAAAGAGGGAGUUCAAAUUUUACACUAGCGGAACAGCAGAUACAUGCACAAGUUGAUCCAAUCAUGAAAGAAGUAAAGAGGAUCAUCCGUGAAUCAAGGUAUAAUAUCUAGCCCAUUGCAACUCUAAAAAGACACAAUGUACUGAAAAGUAGCUACACU